GUCCGGUUCCUGGACAUCCAAUCCAAGAAAAGCUGGUUUGCAGGAGAUUGGAACACGCCAGUUUUUGUCAGGCCUCCCAACCCCCCAACCGCUUAUGCGGCUGCUCAAGUCCUUCGGGAGAAGCGUUUAGUGGCAAUCGUGAGUUUUGUUCCGAGGUUCCCAGGCGCCCAGGAACUCGUGGAUGCCCAUGGCGCAUGGCUUCUCAAGCGUUCUGGAGCCACGCGUGGAGUCGCUGGAGUUUUGGAGAGGCCUUGAAGCAGUGAUGCGCUACUCGCGCCGGAAUUGCUACGCUUUGAAGCUGGGCCUGUCGUCACCGCCUUCCUCCCCGGUCCGCCGCCGUGGAAGUACCGAGGAUUCAGCAUCCCCGAAGGAGGUCAUGCCGGGCGACGGCGAGGAUUUGGUCAUGCCGGAGGUCAUCGUGGGGGCGAGCGAGGAGAUCACCAGGUGUGUUUGCGUUCGGCAUGCUUCAUCCCUGGGCUGCAAAGUCACUGAAGCCAAGAACUUCGGAGAGCUGCGGCAGGCUUUGGAAGUGGCGCAGCGCCAGAACUGGUGCCACGCGCUCCUGGUCUUCGUGUGCGAACGUCGGUGGGAGGAGAUGAUUCAGAGGCUUCAUUUGCAUGUUCGACCACCGGUGCUGGUGCGCUGCAGCUUGUAUUCUGGCUUGGGCGUUUGUCACAAAAAGUGGCUGCCCUCUGAGACGCGCCGCUCCUUCGCAUCCAUCGUGCGCGACAGCAGCGCUUGGUGGGACGAAGCCUGCCGCUUGGGCACCUGGGAUCGAGCCAUGGCGAGCUGCAAGUUGAGCACCGAGCCGACCUGGUUGAUUUAUUGAGGGAGAGUAGAAUUGGAGACCUCGACGCGACUGGACAUGUAUGGACCAUGGAACGGUUCCAGAAGCAGUGAGAGAGAGAGAGAAGUCAAUUUUUGUGCCUUUUCCCUGUUCUGAUUCGGAUUGCUGGUUGGUUCACAAAAAGUUGUACUUCCAGAUCCCGGCCAUGGCCACAGUGCAGUUUGUGUUGGCUUGGCCUGGUGUGGGUGGCAGGGGGAAGGAUGAUGGUUGC